AUGUCUCUGCGCCUCCACCGUAGCCACCUGACCUCGGAUGGUACGCCACAGGAUCUUCGAAGGAGCACGGAAGUGAAUGGGACCAUGAGACGGCUUAGUGUUCAUACGCUUACGGAGAUAAUGAAGCGUCCACCACUACCUCCUUUGCGCAAAUACCUGAUCCACAUCACCUGCCAAGCUUCCGCCUAUGUCGUCGGAGUAGACAGAUGGGCCACCGCACUGAAACUCGGCAGCGACUCCGUCGGAAUCGAAUACAACACUCACCGCAACAUCAGAAUCGCACUUCUUGCCCUAGGAACCAUUCAGGAAAUGAAGAAAAAAUUGAUUCUAUUCAAAGGGAAAGGGUACGAUGAAGGCAUAUUUCUCUGUGACUUCGAUUGUUACAGAGCAAUAGUUCUUACUCCUCGUUUGACAAUGGUUUUUGAUGGAACUGAAGUUCAUGUUGUCAUGUUGAUGCUAUCAAACUUUCAAUCUGCACAAUGCAGUUUGUUGCAAAGAAGCUUGACAAAAGACUUGCAGAUCUCGGGGGAACUACAAUUCUUGAAAGAGGUGUCGGUCAAUGUUGUCUGCAAAAAAGUUAAAAAUCAACCAAUAACUAGAGCAAGUUAUGACAAAGAUGUACGCCAUUUGGAAUUUGAGCCACUUUCAUCUACUAUCGAGUAUGAAGUUGGUAAUGUUCUUGAGAUUCUUCCUUCACAAAGCCCUGAAGCAAUUGAUGCAUUCAUGACUCGCUGUAAUUUAAACCCUGAAUCCUAUAUCAUUGUUAAGCCUAGAAAUAAAGAAGAUUCCUUUAAAGAUGGUGUUGGUGCUUCAAAAGAUCCCAUAAAACUAAAAACAUUUGUCGAGUUGACUAUGGAUAUUGCAUCAGCUUCACCCAGACGUUACUUUUUUGAGGUCAUGAGUUUUUUCGUGAGUGCAGAACAUGAAAAAGAGAGACUUGAAUAUUUCGCCUCUCCACAAGGAAGGGAUGAUCUGAAGUUAGCCAAACUCACAAAGUUGAAUCGUUCAAAACUUGAAACAAUAUUACCUGUUACUGCUAUGAUUGUACAUGUCAAGACAACCCCCACCACAGGAGUUGGUUACCAAAGAACAACCAUGGAAGGGAGCUAA